AUGCCCAAGAUCCGGACGUCGAGGACGAAGAAGCCGCCCGAAGGGUACGAGGAUAUCGAAGCUAUCCUCGAUGACUAUGCGAAGAAGAUGCGUGAUGCAGAGAAUGAAUCCCAUGAGGGUAAACGGAAGACGGAGUCUCUGUGGCCUAUAAUGCGCAUCUCUCAUGCUCGCUCGAGGUAUAUCUAUGAGCUUUACUACAAGCGUGAGGCGAUAAGUCGAGAGUUGUACGACUGGCUGUUGAAGGAGGGUUAUGCCGAUGCAAAUUUGAUAGCUAAGUGGAAAAAGGCUGGGUAUGAGAAACUCUGCUGUCUACGGUGCAUCCAGACUAGGGACAUGAAUUACCAAGGUUCGACAUGCAUUUGUAGAGUGCCAAAGGCACAGCUGAGGAAAGGGACUGUUGUGGAGUGUGUACACUGCGGUUGUCGAGGCUGCAGUUCCGAUUCAUAG